UGUACGAGAUUUUUUUGAUCGAUAGCACAAUGUUCAGCACCGACUUCGAAGACUAUUGCGACUUCAACGACAGCAUCUGCAGCAAUGACUCCGGUAUCGACAGAUCUUAUAACGACUCGUUUGUCACAUCCGCUCAUUCCACUCCAUUGAAACACGAAGUUACGGAUCUUGGAAUAUCCCUUACCCCCACCAAAGAUGUGAGGAGAAAACUAUUCAGUGAUGACUACGAUUCUUUCCAAGACCCGAUCGAUGACAUCAAAGCAUUUGGAGAUAACGUACAAACAAUGAACACGUCAACUCCGAAGAAAGAGAAGAAACCCAAAGACCCCAAUAAGCCAAAGAGAAAAUACGCAAACGGCAAGAACAGAAUUACAAGAUGCAAGAGCCCCACACAACUCAUGAAGAUCAAAAGGAAUAGGAGAAUGAAAGCCAACGACAGAGAGAGAAACAGAAUGCAUAUGUUAAACGAAGCUUUGGAUAGACUGCGCUGUGUCCUACCAACAUUCCCUGAAGACACAAAAUUGACGAAAAUAGAAACAUUACGAUUCGCACACAACUAUAUAUUUGCUCUCAGUCAAACAUUAGAAUCUCUAGACAAUAUCAAUUCUGGACAAGCCCCAGAAUUCAAUUUAAGCUACGAUAAGCUACAGAGCUACGGAGAAAAAGCAACUAAAGACGCUUUUAGAGAUAUUUUCUUAGUUCCUAACAAAACAGAAGGAAAUACUGAUGGAAGCUACAGAAACUUUCAAGGAUUCAGUAGGCCAUUCCCGAAUGGGUCUAAUUUUAUGCAAACGACUGAAGGAGUUCUGAUCAAUGUUGGGAAUGUUACUGUUUCCGUGAACAAUAAAGGUGGAAACUGUAUUACGUCUACUACCGGAACUGGUUUCUUCACACAUCCAUCAAGUUUCGGAGAAGAUAUGACUCAACAAACUUAUCAUUACCAAAGAUACGAAACUAGCCCGUAUGAUGAAGGCAGCUAUGAAGGAAAUCAUGUAAAUGGAGCAUACUUUAAUCAAAAGAACUACGAAAUAUUCAAGAACGCCUUCGAUACUGCUGCCAAGAGUAAAAAGAUUGAAAAGACUGAAGAUUAUAACUAUAAUAUGAAAUAUAAUAACUCUAUGUACCCGUAUACUGACACGAAUUGUUACACUGCUAAUACUAAUGAAUAUUUACAAAAUUCCUAUUAUUAUAAUGACCAAAGAUGUUACAGAAACUUCUAUAACAGAGCCCCCAGUGUUGUUAACGCACAAAUUUGA